UGGACGUGACGCUGGAUCCAGACACGGCAAAUCGCUACCUCGUCCUGUCUGAGGAUCGGAAACGUGUGAGACACGGAGACACACGCCAGGAUCUGCCCAACAACCCUGAGAGAUUUGAUCCUUGUCCCUGUGUCCUGGGCGCUGAGGGGUUCGCGGGCGGGAGGCGUUACUGGGAGGUGGAGGUCGGAGACAAGACAGGCUGGACUCUGGGGGUUUGUAGGGAAUCUGUGAGCAGGAAGGGGUGGCUCACAUACACACCUGAGAUUGGAUACUGGGUCGUGUGGCUGUGGGGUAGGGGAUACAAGGCCUUCACCUCCCCCCCGACCCCCCUCCCCGUGAGCGUCAGGCCCAGCCGGGUGGGGAUUUUCCUGGACUAUGAGGCGGGCGAGGUCGCGUUUUACAAUGUGACUGACAGGUCCCAUCUCUUCACUUUCACUGACACCUUCUCCGGGAUGCUCCGCCCUUUCUUCAGUCCUUAUCUCAACGCUGGGGGUACAAACACGGCUCCCCUGAUAAUCUGCCCGGUCCCAGCUCAGGCCGGAGGGAAUCUCUGUCCCUGACAGUGACCCCGCGGCACAGACUGUCCCCUCCCAGCGCUGCUGCUCUUCCCACC